CCUCCAGUGUUGGAGCAGACAAUCUCAAACCACAUUUUUAUUGGCGCUUCCUGUUAGGUCCGUCACGACUUCCGGCAUGUAUCAGCUGUCAGGGCCAAGAUGGCGCACCGCCCGGCGGAGCUGCACGGUCCUCUGGACGUUUCUCCAGCCGAGGACCGAGGGAAGGACGCUCUGAGGCGCUGCAGGGGGCGGCCGAGGCUCACCGACUCCGACCGAGCUCAGAGGCGCCUCGAGUCCCGGAAGAAGUACGACGUGAGGCGGGUUUACCUCGGAGAGUCGCACAAGCUAUGGAGCGAGCUCCGGCGGCGGACGAGCCUGAGCGACGCCGGGCUGGCGGAGUACCUGAUCCUGCUCAACUCCACGUACGGAGAGAAGUACAGGCAGGAGUACAGCGGGAAGAAAACUGGACCCGAAGUCUCAGUAAAGCAGAAAGCAGGCAGCAAGCCGCAGGUGUCGAGCCUCCAGAGUUUGGUGUGCUGGUACCAGGAGCACUCGCGGUCCUGCCCGCACGAGCCGCAGCUCAGAGCCCUGGAGCCGCACUACAGCUUCUCCACCGCCGCCAUCUGGCAGUGCGACUCCAAGCACUCCUUCGUGCAGUACCUCGUCCCGCCGCCGCGGGAGGCCAGCGACUCGGAGCACGAGGACUCCGCCGGCGGGGACGGCGACGGAGAGUCAGCUGCGAAGACGGACGGGUCGGUGGGUCAAGGCGCAGCGACCAGGAAGAGGAGGAAAGAAGCCAAGAAACACUGCAAAGGUGUCGGAGAAAACGAUGUCUGUGAUGUGCAAUAUAAUACCGAGAGUCCUGGAGAGGAAGUCUCAGCUCUGCAGCAUCAGCUCAGCCUGGAGGAGCCGGCCAACGCGCCGGUGUGGGAGAUGGAGCUGGAGAUGGAGCGGCAGCAGAGCUCGCUCGCCGCCGCCUUCCACCCCCUCCCCACCGAGGAGGAGGACGCCGAGGAGGAGGAGGCUGAAGAUCUGACCCCGGGGAAUGACGGGGGCGAGGGGAAAAUGGGGCCCGCCCAUCACGACUACGUCACGGUGACCGUCAGCGACCAGCUGGCCAAGGCGGACGAGGACGGCGUGUUGACGCAGAGCCUGAGCGGCUCCGUGCCGCUGGGCGCCCGGCCGGAGCUGGGGGGGCCGCCGCCCAUGCAGGAGCAGGCCGAGCUGUUCGACCCCCAGGCGCUGCAGACCGUGGUGACGGGGUGUGAGAUCCCAGACCAGAGGACGGCCCUGGAGGGGUCGCAGCUCAUCAUCAUCACGGGGCCGAGCUACGAGGCUCUGGCCUCGGAGGGAAUCCAGCUGAACAUGGGCGGCGGCGGCGUGGAGGAGGUGACCUGCACCGUCAUCGGAGGCGUCAGCUACAACCCGGUGUGCACGGCGGAGCCCAAACUCCCCGCAGCGGAGGACGACGACUCCAUGACAGGUUUGAGCGACAAGCAGCUGCUGCAGCCCGCCGUCGGUUCUCUGGAGCUGAGCAGCAGCAGGGAGCUGCAGAGGAGUCUGAGCAGGUCGAAGCGGAGCCGGCGGGGGCCGGUCAUCGAGGCCGACGGCAUGCUGAAGAUGUUCCACUGUCCGUACGAAGGCUGCAGCCAGGUGUACGUGGCCAUCAGCAGCUUCCAGAACCACGUCAACCUGGUGCACAGGAAGGGCAGGACGAAGGUCUGCCCGCACCCCGGCUGCGGCAAGAAGUUCUACCUGUCCAACCACCUGCACCGACACAUGAUCAUCCACUCAGGGGUCCGAGAUUUCAUCUGUGAGACGUGCGGGAAGUCGUUCAAACGCAAGAAUCACCUGGAGGUUCACAGACGGACGCACACGGGAGAAACGCCGCUGCAGUGUGAGAUCUGCGGCUACCAGUGCCGCCAGCGCGCCUCGCUGAACUGGCACAUGAAGAAGCACACUCCAGAGGCGCACUACAACUUCACCUGCGAGUUCUGCGACAAGCGCUUCGAGAAGCUGGACAGCGUCAAAUUCCACAAGCUGAAGAGCCACCCGGACAAGCUGGCCACGUGAGGCCGGUCGCGGUCCGAGAGCCGCAGCUUGGAAACCAAAGAACGACGCCGCGUUCGUCCCGUCGCGCAGGCGGAAGUUGUUCGGGACGCAGACGACGUCGGAAUCCAGGAGGAUCGUGGAUUCAGAAUAAAUAAUUCCCAUGGAAAGAUUCCUUUUUCCACAUUUGCCCGUCCUGACAGUGGGGGUCAAAGGUCGUGCUCAGGGAGCCAGAGUGGCGAUCUGUCUGCCGCGGGAUUCGCACCUGCGAACUGCCGGCUCUCAUUGUUCUGUUCGAUCUCAAGAAUUGUGUUCAUCGAUGUUUUUCCCAUGUGCUCGUUGUGGUUUUGUGGGCCGUAUUGGAGCUCGGUGCGGGCUCGGUUUUGGUCCACAGGCCUGAUUUUGGACACCACUGCCCAGUGCAGUGAAGAAGAAAAUCUCUACUGAACGUUUGCGUAGCUUUAAGGUACAAUCACUUUAACGAAGGCUUCCUGAACUAAUCGCCUCCACGGAAUCACUACUUUGUGGAAACUCGGCGUCCCUCGACGCUCCAGUGUGGAAGUUUAGCCGGAUUUUCUGGUCUUUGUUCUCCGUUGAGACAGUUUACCUCGCAGCAAGCCCUGCUGAUGUUGCUCACUGAGAUUCGGUAGCUGCUCCUCCUCCUCUUCCUCUUCCUCCCUCUAAUGGUGCUUUUCCUCUCGUCCCUCCAGCCGAGUGUUUAAAUGUAUCUAUGCAGAUCGACGCAGCGUUUACAACGAAAUGUGUGUUUUCAAUGUUUGAUCUCCUGAAUAUCAAAAUCACUGAAGAAAAGACGAACUAAAAUGUUUUUCCUGAUGACAAGAUAAAUUUAUACGAGGA